GAACAAUCAUCCACGCCCGCAAUUUUUCUCUUCUAUUACUCGCACCGCUCGGAGUGAGUAGAUAGAGCGUGGAGUAUUCAUUAUUUCACUAUGACCGACUCCAACCCUGUUCAGGAGGCCGAGGCCUCUAUGGCCAACCUUUUGCUCGAUGAGGUCACUGGCGAGAAGGUCUCGAAGUCUGAGCUGAAGAGACGCCAGAAGCUGCGCGAGAAGGAAGCCAAGAAGAAGGAGAAGGAGGCUGCUGCUCCUCCCAAGCCUGCUGCGCAAAAAAAGGUCUCCGCUGAAGACGAGGAGGCGAACUUAACUCCUAACCAAUACUUUGAAAUCCGCAGCAAGAGAAUCAACAAGCUCCGAGAGACCAAGCAGCCGGACCCCUAUCCCCACAAGUUCCAAGUCACCGAUGACCUCCGCAAAUACUUGAAGGAGUAUGAGAGCCUCGCGAAGGGCGAACAGAAGCCGGAUACGACCGUUCGGAUUGCUGGCAGAAUCUACACAAAGCGUUCAUCUGGUGCGAAGCUGAUUUUUUACGAUAUCCGAGCUGAGGGUGUCAAGGUGCAGGUGGUAUGCCAGGCUCAGAACGCUUCGGGCGCUGUUUCGUUUGAGGACCAGCACGAGCACCUCCGGAGAGGCGAUAUCGUCGGUAUUGUCGGUUUCCCCGGCCGCAGCAACCCCAAGAACCGACCGGACGGAGAGCUGUCCAUUUUUGCGACCGAGGUGGUUCUGCUUGCUCCCUGCCUUCACGCCAUUCCUUCCGAGCACUACGGCUUCCAAGACAAGGAGCAGCGCUACCGCCAGCGUUACCUUGACUUGAUCAUGAAUGACAAGUCUCGCAACGUUUUCAUUACCCGUUCCAAGAUGGUCACGUACAUUCGCAACUUCUUCGACCAGCGGGACUUUGUCGAAGUCGAGACUCCUAUGAUGAACGCCAUCGCCGGUGGUGCGACAGCCAAGCCUUUCAUCACCCACCACAACGAACACGACAUGAACCUCUUCAUGCGUGUCGCCCCCGAGCUGUACCUCAAGAUGCUCAUUGUCGGAGGCCUUGAGCGUGUUUACGAGCUUGGCCGUCAGUUCAGAAACGAGGGUGUUGACCUUACCCACAACCCUGAAUUCACAACCUGCGAGUUCUACUGGGCUUAUGCUGAUGUUUACGACGUCAUGAACCUAACGGAGGAGCUUGUGUCUGGCCUGGUCAAGCACAUCACUGGUGGCUACGAGACCACCUUCCACACACAGACUGGCGAGGAAUACAAGGUCAACUGGAAGGCCCCUUGGAGGCGAGUGGAGAUGAUUCCCGCUCUAGAGGAAGCUACUGGCGAGAAGUUCCCACCCGGUGACCAGCUGCACACUGCUGAAACUGGCGAGUUCCUCAAGAAGGUCCUAAAGAAGACUGGAGUCGAGUGCUCACCGCCCCUCACCAACGCCCGUAUGCUUGACAAGCUCGUUGGCGAGUUUAUUGAAGAAACAUGCAUUAACCCCACCUUCAUCACUGGCCACCCUCAAAUGAUGUCUCCUCUGGCCAAGUACCACCGCCAGAACGCUGGUCUCUGCGAGCGUUUUGAGGCAUUCGUCUGCAAAAAGGAAAUUGUCAAUGCUUACACUGAGUUGAACGACCCCUUCGACCAGCGUCUCCGCUUCGAGGAGCAGGCUCGCCAGAAGGACCAGGGUGACGACGAGGCUCAGAUUAUCGACGAGAACUUCUGUACUAGCUUGGAGUAUGGUCUGCCUCCCACAGGUGGUUGGGGUAUGGGCAUUGACCGCUUGGUUAUGUUCUUGACGGAUAACUACAGCAUCAAGGAGGUUCUUGCCUUCCCCUUCAUGAAGGAUGAUAAGACCGCGGCUGAGGGCAAGUCGGCAGCCGAGGUUGUUGGCAUCCAGCCCCAGCCCGAGGAGGGAAUCCCUCACAAAUAGACAUUAGAAGUCUUGGGUUCACGCAAAAAUGACGCCUGUUGAUGAGAUUUCAUGAUGAGCUGAUUGAAAAGAGAUAAAUAAAAUCCCCAAUAACAUCAGAAUAUACUUUAUGAUCUUUUCCGCUUUCCCUGCCCUAAGGAUGUCGUACCCAUACUUAGAACAACGCUGAGUUCUUUUAAAGUUGGG